CACCGCUCAUGAUUCAAGCGUGUCUUGCGCUUGAUUCGAUGAUUGUCUUUUCGCUUCGUCUUAAAACAAUAGCAACGACAUGCUUAGCAAAUAUGGAUAAUAGAUUUUAGGAUUAUUUAGAUAUUCUUUUUUUUCUUCAGUUAUAAAGAUUUCAAGAUUUUAAUAAAUAACAUUUUCAUAAUGGAUUUAUUAACACGUUUAAGGUUGUGGGAUGAAAAAAUGUAUAGUGACCCUAAGGGGCAUUGAUAAACUAGGAUAAAUAUCAGCAUGUUUUUCUAAAAUGGAAUAAUAUGGGUUAAUAUUAUACAAUGAUUAUUACUAAUACGUGGGUGUUAUGACGAAUUAAGACUACAUACUUCGGUCUCUGAUCGUUUGUCAACAGAUAAACCGAUUAAGGCGAAUAAAAGUGUCGAUAUUUAUUCUCUAUUGUGUGGUUCAUAGAAAACAUGGAAAUAGAAAAGGUUGAAGACAGUAUUCAUAAGUUUGAACAGAAGAAAGAGUUCCACGAGGUUAAACUGAAAACACGACAAUCAUUUAGGGAAGAUCAGGUCGCUUUAGAGAGGCGGCUGUCUAAAUACCGAGUAAAACCAAAGGGGAUAAUGUCCGCCGAAAACGCGGACGGUCGGACGAACGGACAUGGGAGCGGUCAUCGAACUCCGGACAGUGAAAAGGCGGACACAACUGGAGUAGAUGGCUUACAGUCACAGCUGGAGAGCAUAGUUAUAGACAUCAGUGAUGAAAAACGCGAUGAACGUAGUAGGAAUAGUUCCAUAAACAUUGAUUCUGAGAUUAAUGGUGAUCAUAUCUAUGCAGUGGAAAAUGAUGAACUCGUCAGAAAUGAAGCGAAAACUGAAGGUGUUCCUCAAAAUGGAUUGGAAAAUAAGGGUUAUACAGAUUCACGCACAGAUGUUCGGUUGACCGCAAACGGUAGUGAUAAUGAUAUUGGACAUACACUCUCCCCGCGGGUGAAUGGUCACACUGGUCAACCUAAUGGUUAUCCGAAUGGUCCGUAUACGAAAACAGCGGUGGUCAGUAAUGGCGGUAAGCAUUUGACUCAAAACGGACACCCGGCCGCCAGUCACUCAACCCUGAUAAUGAGGCCGAAAGUGAACGGCCACCCUCGGACCAGUAUGACCCCCGAGCCACGCCUGAAACUGGCGGGCAUAUACCAGAAGAACCCCAAACUGACGGGGGCGUCCACGGAACACUUGGACACUAUAUCCCUAAGAGGAUCAAAAUCAGGAUUGCGGCCACACGACUCGCGACAACAAAUAGUGACCCCGAUUCCCGCAGCGGAAGUGACGUCACUGCCAGCAGACGGUAACCUGUGCGGACAGAACGUUCGCGAAAUGGUAACGAUAUUUCGUCUUCUCCACGUGCCAGAUCCUGUCGUAUGCCGCCUGAGCGCGUGCAAGGUGGACGGGAAGAGAUUCUCACUCUUUUCUGACAAGGAACUUGCUGAACUCGGGAUGGGAAACCCCGUUAUCAAGUACUUCCGGGACCGCAGUUCUAACAUCAAAAAGAAACGGAAGAAUCUGUUUAUUUUAUAAAUUAUAUAAUCUCCAAGACAAAAAAGACCAACUCACCUCGAUAUUAUCAUAUUGAUAGAUAAAUCAAAUAUUUUAUAAUCAAGAUUUAUGGGAUGGAUCGGAUCCGUUUUACUCGUGCAACGCACGUUUAGCUUCGCGUACACUCCUACAAUGAGGAUGAGAAAUGUAUGUAGCAUACCGGGAAUGCGUUGAACGUUGUGGGACGUCGGAAGCGUACAGGUCCGCCUACUUUCUACUUAUGUUGUGUGUAAUGCCUCAUUGUAUCUGAAGAAAUAUGAGCAAAUGGAGAAACAGUUCAAACGAGGCUAAGGGUUCAAAGAAUGUUAUGAAAACAGAAGUAUAUGCAUAUAUUUAUUCGGUAUACGGAAAUGAGUGUAUGUUGAAAGUAGUAUGCCUGGACGUUGUAUUAUUAUAACCAGGUAAAACAUUACUGGGUGUAACAAAUGUGUGUUGCUUUAACAAGAAACAAUCGGAACUGCUUUGCCAUUUUCCAUAAAAACAAUCUCGGAUAAAUAUGAACGGUUUACAAUGUCGGAAAUCUACGCUGCAAGUAGAUCGCGUAGGAAUUUAGGAGUUAAAAUUAAUGAACAUACUCUUAAGAAUCGGAACUAUUUGUGCAAUAAUACACUUUUCUGGCAACAAUUUCAACUUAAAUAUACAUGAAAACACUAAGUAAUUAAAACUGUUAAUAGAUUUUUUACGAACUACUGAUAAUGAUGUACCUGUGUACAUCCGAGGUUGUUUUCGAUGCGAAAAGUCCGAGGUGCUCCGGAUGUAACAAAGAAAUGUCGAAAACGAAAGUAAGGUCCCUUGACCUAGCAUGGCUGAUCGAGAACUGUCUGCUUGGUAUAUUUACUUGGCCAAGCUUUGAACAGACACUGAUGUCAUGAGUCUUGAGAGAGUGACAAGACAGACAAUAAUGUGAUUUUAGGAGUGAAAGUGUUCUUGUAGAACUAAAUAGGUGUCCGCCUGUCACCGGUCGUGGGUUCAAGUCCCAUCAUGGGCACGUACUCUUAGCCUCUCAUAAAGAACAUCAUGGGUCGUAUUAUAAAGCAUUCUAGUUCAUUUCCUUACUUUUGUCGAUUUCUUAAAUGUUCAUAGUCAGGACAAACGAACUAUAUAAGCGUUCUUAACAUUAAAGUAUGUUGUUUUUUUCAGUAAAGUCAAUGAAAAUAUUCCAGAAAUUAUUAAUUAUCAAGUUUAUAUAUCAUAUCACCAAAAACAUACUUAAGUUGGUAAAGUUGCUUAAGUUAGGAAAUGACUUAAGAUUUAUGAAUUCCGCCCAGUACUCAUUUAAAACCAGGAAACGGACUUGAGAGUGAUUGACACCAGCUUGCAACUGUCUUCACGGUCGAGCUAAAAUGAACUUAUAGAAAUUAAGAUGUUAAUUUUAUGUACAUUGUAUAUGAAUUUGUUAAAUAUCUUGCCAGUGUAUUCACCGUAGUUAAACAUAAUACUUAUUAAUGGCUUUGUAAAAUAUUAUUGUACUUACCAUAAGGCCACACUUGAUAAAUAAUUUGUUUAGCGUUUCCUUCACACAAUUAAAGGUGUUGGCAGGUUUUGUUUGUGUGUGUGUGGGGGGGGGGGGAUACCUCCUACUCCUAACACAUUAGUUCGAAAUGUAAACGAAACAAACACUGGUUAAGGUAAACAAUCGGGUCAUGUGUAGUUUUGUCAGUCGGUCGUAAAAAGUCAAAUAAACUAUUUAGUAUAUGUUAAUGUUAAUGUCAAUGUUAACUUAAUGUUAAGGUUUUGACGGAGCCUGAUGUUACAGUCCGUAAAUGUUUAACUCAAAUAAACGUACAUGACUGAAAUUAUUGAUUAGAUAAUCGUUUAAUCGACCAAAUAUUUGUAGUAUUCAUCUCCAUUUUAUAAAAGUGCUCAACAUAACAUUUUCAGUUUAUUUAGAUGGUAAUUCCUUUGUAUACCCUCAUAUUUAUUUUACAUAUCACAGUGUCGUUGGUGUAAUUAUCAUGUAUACUAUUUAUUAUGAUGCGUUAAAAUAUUAAAGACUUUGCAAAUAAAAGAACUAAUAUAUAAAUUAA